AUGUGUAACGUUUGCUCUCAACGCGUUACUCAACUAAAUGUAGCAACUAGAUCGACUGUAACAUCCAAGUUGAAUAAAUCGCAAAAGGAGGCAAUAAUGGAGACCAUUAGGGGAGUGCAAUGUGAGCACAAGACUAACGUAAAACUCAUAUGGGGUCCUCCAGGGACUGGGAAGAUGAGGACUUUAAGUGUAACGCUACUUUGUCUCAUGCAAAUGAAUGCUAGAACAUGUGCCGAAACAAAUGCAGCAGUCCCAGAUCUGGCCACUCAAGUGGUAAAAUUAUCCAGGGAUUCAUUUAAAGCUGAAUACAAGAAUGGAAUUUCAUCUUAUCCAUUGGGUGACAUCCUAGUCUCUGGGAAUAAGGAUCAUACGGAAAUGUUUUCAGACAUUGAGGAAAUAUCUCUUGAUUAUCGUGUUGAUAAGCUUGCAGAGUCCUUAUCACCUGCAGCUGGUUGGAAACACUGUAUAACUUCCAUGAUCUGUUUUCUCGAAGGUUGUAUUUCUCAGUACCGUUUCUAUGUGGAUGAAGUAUAUAAACCAGAAUCAAGAUCUUUGUUGGAGUUUUCUAGAGACAGAUUCAGACAUACAGCAUGGUCUCUUAGAAGACAUAUGCUGACAUUCUUUUAUCAUUUACGUAGAAAUUUCAUUGUGAACAAAAUUUUCAAUACGUAG